AUGGAAUCACUAUCGAAGCUGGGCGACUUUUGCCUGAAAGCGCUGAAGCAUACCUACACACUCUACAAGAGAAAGAUGCUGCCGUUGGACUGGAUUACAUUGUUCCGAACCCUUACCAUCUGCAACACCAUUCUCUACUGUCUAUGCCACUGGAGCAUCGAUUUUGUUGAAAGCAAAAUCGAAAUGCAACAAUGUGCCGAAAUCCUACAACAUUUCGGAGAGAAGUGGGGUCUUCACCAAGAAAUGCGCCGUUGUGUUCCAAAACAUCAGCACCACUAUUCUCGACAUCUGUCUCAGCUCCGGACAGGCCCCCAAUAUGGAGAAGCUCAGGAGAGAACUAUUCGGGACUAG